AUGAAGCUGGAGGUUCCUUUGUUCGUUGAGAAGUUCUUGGAUCUUGUAGAGGAGAAAGUUGGAAAGGGAAGAAUAUUUAACGAACUUCAGGAGGAGACAACGACAACCUCCUUCCUGGAAUCUGUAACUCGAUUAUCAAACCUCUUAGCAGCCAUUCAUGGCGGAUUCGACUCAGAUAAAGGUCGUGCGUCUUUAAUCAACCGAGUUGGCGCCAUUCAACAACGCGCCAUGUCAUAUUUAGAAGAUGAAUUCAGGCAGCUUCUAGAAGAACCGCCGAAACACACCAUUAAUGAGUCAUCCGAGACAGGAAAAAACGCACAAGAUCGCCAGGAUCAAGAUCAACCCAAUGUCGAAGAAUUACCCACUGAUAUUUUCCCGGGAUACCCACCGGAGACGGUGGCGAACCUGAAAAAGAUUUCUGAUCAGAUGAUCAAAGCAGGGUAUGAAUACGAAUGCCGGGAGGUCUACGUCGUGGCUAGAAGGAACUCUCUGGAGGAGACACUGAAUCAUCACCUCUGCUACGAGAAGCUCAGCAUCGACGAAGUUCACAGAAUGCCAUGGGAUUCAAUGGAGAGAGAAAUCCCCACGUGGACUAAAACCUUCAAAGACUGCGCCACCAUCUACUUUCCCGGCGAGAAAAAGCUCGCCGACGAGGUGUUCUCCGAUCACGCCGCUAUAGCUGCCGAUCUCUUCACCAAAGUGGCUCGCUCCACCGAGAUUCAGCUCCUCAACUUCGCCGAAGCCGUAGCCAUGACGAAGCGAUCGGCGGAGAAGCUCUUCAAGGUGCUCGACAUGUACGAGACGCUCCGCGACCAUUUCGCCGCCGUCAAUGAUUUGUUCCCGGAGCCGUUCGCCAAGGAGCUGAAAGCAGAGGCCAACACAUCUCGGUCCCGGCUUGGGGAGACCGCUAUUUACAUGUUCUGUGAUCUUGAGAACUCAAUCAAGUCCGACACCGGGAAGACUCCGGUUCCCGGCGGUGCGGUUCACCCGUUGACCCGGUACACCAUGAAUUAUCUCAGGUAUGCAUGCGAGUAUAAAACCACGCUAGAGCAAGUUUUCAAGGAACACUGGAAGAUCGAGCGAGCUGACUCGACGAGCCGGCCACGUCAUGAUGGAGUCGUCGACGACGACCAUGAUUCCAACAACGCCGAUUCAAAAAACAACGAGAGUGUCUCGCCAUUUUCGGCUCAGCUGAUGAGGGUGAUGGAUUUGUUGGAUAGUAACCUCGAAAAGAAAUCAAAGCUGUACAAAGAUAUUCCACUGAGCUGUAUCUUCAUGAUGAACAAUGGUCGCUACAUCGUCCAGAAGAUCAAAGGGUCGGCGGAGAUUCACCAGGUGAUGGGCGACACGUGGUGCCGAAAACGAUCAUCAAAUUUAAGAAACUACCACAAGAAUUACCAGCGGGAGACUUGGGGAAAACUUUUGGGUUGUCUCGGGCACGAAGGGUUGAUGGUGAACGGGAAACUGGUGAAACCAGUGCUGAAGGAGAGGUUUAAGAGCUUCAAUGCCAUGUUCGACGAGAUCCACAGGACACAGAGCACGUGGGUGGUGAGUGACGAGCAGCUCCAAUCAGAGCUCCGGGUUUCAAUAUCCGCAGUGGUGAUACCUGCUUACAGAUCUUUCUUGGGUAGGUUUUCACAGUAUUUAGAUCCAGGAAGGCAAACAGAGAAGUAUAUUAAGUUUCAGGAAGAGGAUAUAGAGACUUACAUUGAGGAGCUAUUUGAUGGAAAUCAAGCUUCCGCCAUGGCUAGGAGGAGAUAA